AACCAAGUGAACAACACAAACACAUUAUGCACAACACACUGUAGACCAGACAUUGGUUUGGAAACAGAAAACUGUUAUGAAGAGGAAUCAUGUCACAGCCAUACCAGCCUUAUGACAAGUCUGAUGUCAUAGAAGGCCGUCUGACCAAUCAGGAGCGUACGAUGAGCGUGCUGCUUGAGCAGGCGUUCAGGAUCAAGGAGGAGGUGGUGGCCAGUCUGCACUUCACCCAGGGCUCUGUCCAGUCAGAGACCUCCUCUCGCAGGCUGCUGGAGAGCCACAUCCACACCAUCACGCACAUCGUCAAACAGCUCAGCACUGACAUACAGGUUCUGAAGAGUCAGAUAGCCCAGCGGGACAGUGUCACCUCUGGGACCUCUUUUGCUAUGCAGAGUCUGGAUCACAAAAACCUGGCUGGUUUUGGUGACCUCAGGGGCAGGGUGGCCAGGUGUGAUGCCAACAUUGCCAAGCUGUCAGGUGAUGUGAGCGACAGGGCACAGGAGAUCGCCAGGCUCCAACAGGGGGUGUCAGAGGUCAAGUCAGGUCUGGGAGAGCGACUGAGAGAGAUAGACAUCAAGCUGUCUCAGGCAGUUAGCAGACUGGAGGUGUUGCUGGUGGACCAGACCCACGGCCAGAGAAACAGCUGGACUGACCUGCACAGCCAAAUCAAGCUCCUGGAGGCCAAGAGCUCUGGCGUGGUAAGGGAGGCGAGGGAGGACACAGACAGACUCAGGAUGUGGACAGAGCAACAGCUAAGCAGUUCAGCACAGACACACAGACAUGGCAGUGAGGUGCUACGGUCACUACUGCAGGACAAAAUGGUAGUGGAGGCGGAUGGGAGGCUCAGUGAGCAGGUCAGGCUGCUGUCAGUCCGUGUGGAGAGAGCUGAAAUUCAGCUGCAACAGGAGCAACAGGCAGACAGGGUGAAGCACUCGAAGAGGAAACUCCACAGUAGGAUCAGCACAUUGGAGACCAGCUUCCGGGAAGAGCUGCAGCUGAUCAAACAGGACUACCAGUCAGGUUUCCAGUCUAUCCAUGAUGCCAUAGGCUCGCUGAGGCAGAUCGGUGACACCAAAGCCCGGCUGGACAAGGAGAAGCUGCAAAAGGACAUCAAACAAAUCCGCAGGAAGAUGGUGGAGCUGAGAGAUGUGUGACGCCACAGGCCACACAGGAGUGUGGUACUGCAUGGUGAAACAGACCAGUAAUGAAAUUUCAUACUCAAAAUUGUCAAUGAUUGUGAAUGACACCGAAGUCCAUGAUUACUGGGAUCCACAUGGUAUAGUAAAGUGUGCAACACAUCAGGGAUUAUUAUGGGAUGCUUUCACUUUGAAACCUUUUCAAAUCACUGAUUUAAUAACCAAAAAUAGUUCAUCGGAAGAAAAUCUUGAUGUUAUUAUAUCUGAUCUGAAAUGAAUAAAGUUCAUCAUGAAAGUACAACUCAAUAAUAUUGACACAA